AAUCACCUCCCCAUCUGUCCCGUAGCGCACUACAACUCCCACAAUGCACUUCGCCUAGCUUUAUUCUUCUGUUCAUGGCGUCUGUCCGUGAGCAAAAGACGGGUCGCUGUCUUGGGAGCAGAUAGGCCAGCUUGUUCCAUGGUUUUAUAGGCUGUUGACCAUCCCGCUGACAUGAUGGAGUGUGUAAGUGUGCAGGACGAGCGGCGUGUGACGGAGCUGAGGUUUGAAGCGGCCGUCAAAGUCAUCAAGAGUUUACCUCCAGACGGUUCUUUUCAGCCUUCCAAUGACAUGAUGCUCAAAUUCUACAGUUACUACAAGCAAGCCACGGUGGGCCCGUGCAACAUACCCCGGCCGGGCUUCUGGGAUGCCGUGGGCAAAGCUAAAUGGGAUGCGUGGAAUUCUCUUGGAGAUAUGCCAAAGGAAGAAGCUAUGACUGCCUACGUCGACGAAAUGAAGCUGAUCCUGGAGGGCAUGCCCAUCACAGACGAGGUGGAGGAGCUCUUACGGGUCCUCGGCCCGUUCUAUGAGCUGGUGGACGAGAAGAAAAAAAUCACUCAGAUAUCAGACCUGGGCGUGGCCCGUUUGACCAAGUUUGCUAGGCAGCUUGAAGGGUUCGGGACGAUGCUGGCGGCGAAGCCAUCCAAGAGCGUCACAAAGAACAUCAUCAGAAACUUGGAAAUGAACGGCACCCUGGAGAGCCGGCCCGCCAGGGCCAAAUCAAAAGAUAAGGCCUUGGAAGUGAGGGACACGGAGGAGGAGGAGGAGGAGCAGGAGGAGGACGAAGAGGAAGAGGCCGAUGAGGAGGAGGAAGACGAAGAAGAAGAGGUUGUGAUAAAGGAAGUCAAAAAAGACAAGAAAGCAGCAGCUUCACUGCCCAAGAAAAAGGGCUCAGCGAGGAGAAACAAAAUGCCGCUGACAAAUGGAAAAGUGGCUAAUGGGGUCGCCCAUCUGACCAAUGGGAGUCAUUCCAAGGCUUCUCUGAACAGCGACGACUCCCAGGAGGGGCCAGUCAGCUCCAGUGAGCCUCAGCUCAAUGGUCACCACAUAGAUCCCAGUGGGGACGUGUCUGCUCCCAAUCAGCUGGCCAGUGACUCAGACAGUGAAGUGUACUGUGACUCAGUGGACCAGUUUGGCCAGGACGAGGGCUCAGACCAUAACCGUUCCAUGGACGACUUGGAUGAAGAGGAGAACCACGUCCCACCGGCUCUGGAGGAGCCACAGGCGCUACAUGAGACCCAGGAGGAGCUUCACGGUCCACCAGAGGGCAUUCGGUGUGGAGGAGAGGACGGAGACACCAGUGGAACGAUCUCUCAGAGGCAGAGGCUGAAUGCAAACAUGCCCGACGGCUCCCUGGUCAGAAGAGGACGGGGCUCCAGGUCUCCAGGCCUCGGCUCCGGAGCUCUGGGCCCCAUGCAGGGUGGCGGGGACGGGGAUGGGGAGCGCUGGGGAGGAGCGGGAACGCACGGAGUGAGUCUGAACGAGCAGAUUGUGGUGGCGCUGGCCAGACUGCAGGAGGACAUGCAGAGCGUCCUGGAGAGGCUGCACACCUUGGAGGCUCUGACUGCAACCCAGGCGAGAUCAGUGGCUCUGUCUCCUACGUAUGCGUCGCCUCCAGUGAACAAGAGCAGCAAGAAACCAACCUGGUGGCCUUUUGACAUUUCUCCAAGCACUUUGGCCUUCGCUGUCAUUUGGCCGUUCGUGGUGCAGUGGCUUAUCCGCCUCUACCUUCAGCGGAGGAGAAGACGACUCAACUGAAACGGCCCGGACUACAAACAGACAGGAGUCCUCCACACGUCUUUGGUCGGGCACUUCAUGGCUGUAACUCCCCUCUGCUUACCUACAACUCAGUAAUUCGCUUUUGCACUAUGAAGACGGCACCAGGAGGAGUGUGUGAGUGUGUGUGUGGACGACAACUCACCAGUCUCAUGUACUCUGGACGUGGAAAUCAAAGAAAAAUAUGAAUGUAUGGGCUCGCGGCCUAUAAUUACACAAACUUUUGAUUAUGCUACUGUACAAGAUUAGUAUUUUUUGUUUGUUGUUUUUCUCUGUAAGAUUUUUUUUUUGUUGUGGUUUUGUUUGUGUUUGAGAGGGGAAAGUCCUGGUUGGAAUAUUGCCAAUGUGUUUAUAGACCAGUUACAGUAGCUCCUCUUUUUGUCUCUCCUUCUGUAAUUAAGGCUUUACUGCACAUAAACCAAGCCUAAUAUUUCGGUCCCUCGAAGCAUAAUGCUCGACGUGUUUAUAAAUUGUCACAACAAUUCGUUUUCCUUAGUUGCCCAGGCAAUGCUGCUAAAAUGUUGUGAUAACUGUAGGAUUGAAUGUAAUAAUAUAUUGUUUUUAGAUUCUUUUAAUUCUGGAAGAAAAAACUGGCUUUUAGCCAGUUAAAAUGAAGGCAUUGCUGGCCAGAUUAGAGCUGUUUUAAGCAAGGUUUGUGUUUUAAGUCACUGCUUUAAUGUUGUUUGAUAAUGCCGUACGGUUUCCUGGUCAUCACCAAACAUACCGCAUAUCGGUCCACGCUUUGCUUCAGGGUGGGCCGAUUCAUUCUCCACCUAGAUGCCCUUUUCCACCAAAAAAAAAAAAAAAAUGUUCUGGUUCUCAAACUGGUUUGGUUCAGGAUUCCUGGAGCCAAGGUGCAAAUUAGGGAACUGGCUCACAUUUCGGCCAGUUAUUUGAGUGGGAUCACUGCAUCAUUGAUGGUGCGAGUGCACAACAGAGGCAAAGGACCACGGUGUCCUGAGAGCCUGAUAGGAUUCAGAUUGGGAAUUAUAAACCCUAAAUCGUUGCUGUUUUUUUUGUCUUGUUUUUAUUUGCAGAAUUGUAUGCAAGUGUGAGGGAAUCUCUGUUUAGUGUCGGCAGAAACAUUUUGAACCAAACCAACGAGUUUUCUUGGUAGCCGCCUCUUUCCAUGUAGAAUAAUUCACACCCACUCGGUUCCCACUUGAGAGCUACUAUUGUCUGGUUCCAGCUGAAAACCAGUUUUUCCGUGGGGUAUAUUUGGCGGAGAUGCAAAGAACGGGUUUAAAAUUUGUUGCAUAAACCAGAGGAGAACCGUUUCUUGGUUGGUGGAAAAGGCGCACUGGUGUCAUUGUUGUUCAGAUGGGAAAAGUGCCUCGACAUCAUAAGGUACAUUCAUAGCCAGCGUCACGCUUUAGUUCACUCUCAUAUACUGUAGCACACCUGUUCCACUACUGGACCAAAAGUAAGGCUCAGAUCGUACUAGCCGGUGAGCCAUGACAAGGUGGGGAAGUCCCCAUCUGAUAGUCACAACCUUAGCUAUACCGAGUGUAGCCUUAUAGUUUCCACUUGUAUGUGUAAUCAGCUCAGAAGACGUGUCACUGUAUAUGCCGUUUACUCACUUUGUGUUUUUGUAUGUUCCCUAAUUUCCAUUUUCAACAUAGUGACAUGUAUGUAAAGACUUUAAAGCUGAUUUUGUCCGACUGAUGGUAGUGAUGUAUGGUUUAUAAUGUGUGUUGAACUAUUACAAAGCAGUGAGAUCUAUAUAAAUUGUAUACAAUAGCUGUAUAGUUGAGAUAACAGUUAAAAUGCAAUAUUUUAAUUGCACUCCCCUGUAUUAAUAUAGAAUAAUAAAUAUAUAUAUAUCAUAUUUAAUGAUGUUUGCAUCUGCAAUACCACUAAUCUUUCCAGAGCCGUUAUGUUUUAUUGAAUGAUAGUUUACCUUUCUACUGAAAUGGACUAAGGCUUUCUCAGCCGCUCUGCCUGCAGGUAGAGUGGUGUUCGCAUGCGACUGAUAAUCUAAGCCUCAAAUAAAGUUUUCAUAAAGCAU